GCAGUACGAAUAUUCAUUAUAUUUAAAUUUGCGCUCCAUAUUCUCAGAUUCCAAAUUUGCUUUCCUCUUCAAAUUGCGUUGUUAGCUCAUAACAACUUCUUUUUUUAAAACUCCCUCACAACGCAAACUAAAAUCGCCAGAACAAGACUAAGGAUGGAUGGUGGGCAAAUACUGCUUUCUUAUAUAAAAGUAUGGGUGAUCCUCCUUUUGCUCUCAGCUACGUUUCCGAACUCAAAACUUGCUGCCAAAAAUACUGAGCAGGAUAAAAAAAGAAAGCUUGCUGCAGAAAACUCAGGCAUCAGCAUUGAUUGUGGGGCGGAUGAAGAUUAUACGGAUAGGAAUACUGGAAUAUCUUACAAAACCGACAAAGAUUUCAUUAGUACGGGCAAGAAUAAGGUCGUAGCACCAGAGUAUGACUUGACGAGUACUCUUUACUAUGGGAAAAUGGUGAAUAGCUUGAGAAUCUUUCCUGAAGGUGAUAGGAAUUGUUAUACAUUGAAACCUAGAGAGGGUAAGAACCAAAACUAUUACGUCAGAGCUUUCUUCCGCUAUGGAAAUUACGAUUCUAAGAAUCAAACUCAAAUAAAGUUUGAUCUAUACAUCGGGGUAAACUAUUGGGCAACGGUUGAAGAAACUUUUGAAAAUAAGUACUGGAUAAAUUACGACAUUAUUCAUUAUUCAGUAACUGAUACCAUUUAUGUGUGUCUCGUAAAUACGGGUUUCGGAGUUCCUUUCAUCAGUGGAUUGGAUUUACUGUUCAUGAAUGAUUCCUCGUAUAGAAGUAUGAAUGGAUCGUUGCUUCGCAGGGUGCAAGCUGACCUUGGCGGCGAGGUCAGCUUAGGCACCAUAAGGUACCCCGAUGACGUGUAUGCUCGCAUCUGGCAGCUUGACGUCAACCUCACCGAUUCAGUUUCAAAUAUUAGCACCGAAGCAAUUACAAAUAUUGAUAUCCAGGGCAGUGAUAAUCGCUGCCGUCUACCAGUCGAAGUCUUGAGAACAGCGGUUCAGCCUCGAAAUGGCCUUAAAUCAUUGAGCUACACCUAUACAUCACCGUAUAAAGAGAAUUUCACACCUGAGUUUCUUGUCUUCUUUCACUUUGCUGAAAUCGAGCAGAUUGCAGGAGGCAAAUUACGAGAAUUCACCAUUACUUUGAAUGGCUUAAAGUAUGGGCUCUUUACCCUUGAAUACUUGAAGCCAUUGACCAUAGGUCCAUAUAAAUUACAAGAUCAAGAAGGUCUAGUUAGGUUUUCUAUUGAUGCAAGUUCUGACCUUCCACCUAUCCUAAAUGCCUUUGAGAUCUUCGAACUAUUGCCACUCCAUGAUUCACCGACAAACCAAACAGACGUUGAUGCAAUCAUGGCCAUCAAGAAAGCAUACAAAAUAGAUCGAGUUGACUGGCAAGGAGAUCCAUGUUUGCCACGAAUUACUACGUGGACUGGUUUGCAGUGCAACAAUGAUAAUCCUCCAAGGAUCAUCUCGCUGAAUCUAAGUUCAAGUCAAUUAUCAGGGAAUAUAGAUGUUUCACUAUUGAGCCUCACAACAAUCCAAUCCUUGGAUUUAUCAAACAAUGAAUUGACAGGGACAGUGCCAGAAGCUUUUGCGCAGCUGCCACAUCUUACGAUCCUAUAUUUGAGUAGGAAUAAACUCACAGGUGCAGUUCCCUAUAGUCUCAAGGAAAAGUCUAAGAGUAGACAGUUGCAGCUGAGUUUGGAUGGAAAUCUGGAUUUAUGCAAGAUCGAUACAUGUGAAAAGAAGCAGGGAAGUUUUCCUGUUCCAGUUAUUGCAUCUGUCAUAUCAGUUUCGGUGCUCCUUCUCCUUAGCAUUAUAACUAUCUUCUGGAGGUUGAAAAGAGGGAGAUUGAAUGUGUCAUUAUCUUUCUCAGUGGGCUUAUCUAGAAAAGAAUUGUCACUGAAAUCAAAGAAUCAACCAUUUACAUACACUGAAAUAGUUAGCAUUACCAAUAAUUUCCAAACCAUUAUUGGAGAAGGAGGAUUUGGAAAAGUAUAUCUUGGAAACCUAAAAGAUGGUCGUCAAGUUGCUGUCAAGUUGUUAUCUCAAUCCUCAAGGCAAGGUUAUAAAGAAUUUCUAGCGGAGGUCCAACUAUUGAUGAUUGUUCAUCACAGAAACUUGGUGUCCCUCAUUGGUUACUGUAAUGAGCAUGCAAAUAUGGCACUUGUUUAUGAAUACAUGGCAAAUGGGAACUUGAAGGAGCAAUUGUUAGAAAAUAGCACAAAUAUGUUGAAAUGGAGGGAAAGGCUGCAAAUUGCAGUAGACACAGCACAAGGUUUGGAAUAUUUGCAUAAUGGUUGCAAACCGCCAAUAGUCCAUAGAGAUUUGAAAUCAUCCAACAUCUUAUUAACUAAAAACCUUCAUGCCAAGAUUGCUGAUUUCGGGCUGUCCAAAGCAUUCGCCACCGAAGGAGACUCGCAUGUCAUAACUGUACCUGCAGGCACGCCCGGAUACAUUGAUCCUGAAUUUCGAGCAUCAGGAAACUUAAAUAAGAAAAGUGAUGUUUACAGUUUCGGUAUUCUUCUAUGUGAGCUAAUAACUGGUCAACCGCCUUUAAUAAGGGGCCAUCAGGGCCACACUCACAUACUUCAAUGGGUGAGUCCUCUAAUUGAAAUAGGGGAUAUCCAAAGCAUUAUCGAUCCAAGGCUGCAAGGUGAAUUCAACACUAAUUGUGCUUGGAAAGCUCUGGAGAUAGCACUAUCCUGCGUGCCCCCGACUUCAACACAAAGGCCGGACAUGAGUGAUAUUUUGGGAGAGCUAAAGGAAUGUCUGGCCAUGGAGAUGUCAUCUGAAAUGAGCAUGCGCGGUUCCGUUGAAAUGAGCUUGGUGCUUGGCACAGAUAUGGCUCCAAAUCUUAGGUAGUUAAGAAACAAUAACGGUUUGUUUGUUGUUAAAACCGCUACAGCUUGAACUAAAUUGUAUAUAUAGAUAAAACAUUAUUAUAGUAUAAAUUUACCCUCGACGUCCUUCCUUAAA